AUGAACGAUGCCCGAGUUAAGUUCGUCUCGAAGGCGAAAUACCUCGGAGUCAUACUCGAUCGAAAACUCAAUUUUGCGGUGCAUGUUAACUAUGUAGCCGAUAAAGCUAAAGGUCUGGCACUUAGGCUGCGGGGAAUAGCCGCCACACGCUGGGGCCUUCGAUCACCCGAACUAAGACUCAUAUACAAAGGAGCGAUGGUGCCCACAGCAGUAUACGCUGCAAGCGUGUGGGCCCACCGGCUGAAUCAAAAUGUUAGCUUAGCUGCAACACUGUACCGGGCGCAAUGGCCAACCCUGCUCUCAAAAAUUGGUGCGUAUCGAACGGCACCCACAUCGGCAUUACAAGUCCUAGCGAGGUCACUACCGCUAGACUUAGAAGUCCGCAAAAGGUCUGAUCUAUAUGAUCGCCGUAGAGCGCUAGCUGAACACCAGCCGACUCGAUCGCUCGCGGACAUAAAAUCCGCAUUAGUUCGCAAGUGGCAAGAGCGAUGGGACACCGCCGUCACCGGCCGUGUCACAUACGCAUUCAUUCCCAAUAUCCAAUAG